CAUGCUUUAUCUUUUGUGAAUGAUAGUGGUGUAUACCACUUCAGUGAAUUUAAUCAUCUAAUUUUCAAUUCAAUCGUCACAUCACCUUCUACACCAGUGAGUGUAAAGGCGAUCUAGUGAGCUAUUAUCUACCUGUUUUCCUAGAACCUUGUAUAUUCUUUUCGUUUAACGAAUCCAUCUCAAAAGUAACCCACUAUGAGAUUUUUUACCGUUUUCUCAUUUUUCGCAAUUGUAAUAUGUGCCACUACAGGUCAGCACUGCACCACCAGUCCAUCCAAUGUUCCUAAAACCUGGAUUGAUAUGGUGAGCCCUUGCGUGCAAAGCGUGAGAGCUCAAAUUCAGGAGGAGAUGAAUGCUUCUAUGAAAUACUUAGCUAUGGGUGCCCAUUUUUCACGAGACACUAUCAACAGACCGGGAUUCGCAAAGUUGUUUUUCAAAGCCGCCAGUGAAGAGAGAGAGCAUGCCAUCAAGCUUAUCAAUUAUCUUUUAAUGAGGGGCGAACUGGUUUCGAAUGUUUCCAAGUUAAUCAAGACAACGAUUAAUGUGCCCAAUACUUAUUGGAAGAGUGGAACAGCUGCUUUAGAAGAUGCCCUCGAAACUGAAGCUUACGUUACCAAAAAAAUAAGGAGCGUAAUUGCUUCUUGUGAUAAUCCAAAUGAUGGCAGUGGAUUCAUCGACUAUCAUUUAUCCGACUACUUAACCGGUGACUUCUUAGAUGAACAAUACAAAGGCCAGAAGGAACUUGCAGACAAACUAUCUCAACUCCAGAAACUUAUGGGUAAACAUGGCCACCUUGGAGAAUUCUUGUUCGACAAGAAAUUGUUGUAAACGUCGUAAUCAUCACAUUGUAAAAAUUCACACAAUGUCUUCUAUAUAAAAUUAUGUUCUUGUGAUAGUUCAAAAUAUAUUUUAAUGAUCAGGUUAUAAGUGCAAAAGUUUAUUUGUUCCAAAAAGAAGAAUAAAGAAUAAAAAUAUUUUCUUGUUCUGA